AUGGCACCGAAUCUAAAAUCAGUCGUUUCCAAAAACAUUCGCGACCAUACCACACGAACAGUCCUCAGAAAAGCCCUAGAAGAAAAAGAUGGAAAGACCUUGAACCAAUCACCAGAGACCGCGGCUAUGAUCCGCGACUGGGAGAGUCUCGGCGAGAAAAGGGGAAGACAAAGUCUGGAGACUGUUGAUAAGGCUGUACAGGAAAAGAAGCCAGACGUUGAUGGUAUGACGGAUGAAGAACUGAGUCGGAUCAGCAUUCACAUUUCUUCCGUUGAAGAAGAAGCUGGAGACCAGUCGGAUGAGAAGAUGAAGGACGAGGAGACGGCAAAGUUUGAUGAGUAUAAGCAUCAUCAGUUUAUACAAAGAUGGGGGUUGUUUCAAGACUCGGAUGGGCGUGAUGAGGAGUGGUUUAUCGCCGAUCCGCCUGUUCUUGAGGAGACUGAUCCUGGAUAUCUGUGCGAUAUGUGUCGACACAUUGAUUUCACGGUCCUUCUAUCCCAACGAGGCUUGCCGGGAAAUCAACUACCAGGACAGUCCCGCAUCUCAUUGUAUGGUAUUCCCAAGGUCAUGGAUGAGAAGAGUGCUUGCUCUUUUUGCAGACUGAUCCGAAAGAGAGUUAUUCAGGAUCAGAUACUCGCGGAUGUUCAUCCUGAUGGCUGGCCGGGGAUGCAGUUGAGUAUCAGCACUUUGGACGAUGGGCCGGAGUUUCCUCUAAGGCUGGAAGUUGAAUUCUCAGAUCUUGACCGUUCAAAGGCUUCAAGACUGGUGAUACAUGCAGUUGAACCAAUAGAGAGUCAGUCGAAGCCUCUUCAGGGUCUUGCGGUUCAGAAGGAUUCCGCUGAUAUACCACGCCUUCGAGAGUGGGUUCAGAGAUGCCACAAGGAUCAUAAAUCAGCAGAAACAGAAACUGACUCUACUGAAUACCUCAAACCUCUUAUGAGCACACUGCGAGUCAUCGAUACGAUUGACAACUGUGUGAAGGAGGUCGACACACCAUGCGAGUAUAUCUGUCUUUCCUAUGUCUGGGGAACUGGAAGUCAGACACAGUACACUACCAACACAAGAGACCAGCUGAGUAAAUCUGGCGGCCUGCGCAACUUCGAACUUCCCCAGACUAUUAUUGAUGCUAUCGAGGUCACGAGGCAGCUUGGUAUCCGCUAUAUUUGGAUCGAUGCUUUAUGCAUCACGCAAGAUGAUAAGGAUGACAAGGCUAGGAUUAUUACAAACAUGGGGACUAUCUACGCCAAUGCUACGCUUUCAAUCAUGGCCUCGUCCAACGUCAACCCCACCGAUGGACUGCCAGGCGUUGGAGUCCCUCGGUCAAAAGAGCAAUGCAUCGAAAAGCUCCAGGGACUCACUCUUGCCGUCGCAUUUCAAGAUGCUAGACAAAGAUAUUUCGAUAUCGAAGAUAAACUAUGGAACACAAGAGCAUGGACGUUCCAAGAACGAGUCCUCUCAAGACGGUCAGUCUACUUCACUAACGCGCAGAUGUGCUUCGUCUGCCCCCACGGAGCCUGUUUCGAAGACACCGUUCCCGUCUCAGAUCCCAUGUCAUACACGAUUACGCCUUUUAACGACGAUCUCCAACUAACAUCUCGAGUCCACAACUUAUGGAUGCGUAUAUGGUCGGACCCAACUCAGGCUGCGUACAUUAACAAAGCUUUCGCGACAGAGGAUGAUAUGACGAUCUUUAUCGGCGAAGACCCAGCUACUGGUGAAGCUUCACAGGAUGGUGCUCCAUUAUACAAAUCCAAAGCUAUUCCGAGCUUAGAUACAAUCGAUGCACCGCUCAUCAAGGGGCACACACUCUGGGAAGCGUACGCUCACGCUGUCGACGCUUAUACAAAGAGAAACAUGACGUGGCAGUCCGACGCCGUCAAUGCCUUUAUUGGUAUUGCAGAUCUUAUCCGCCGUGGCACAAAUACCAAGUUCUGGCAUGCCAUGCCGGAAUUUGCUCUCACGCGAUCUCUCUUAUGGUAUCCCAAAGAACCCCUGUCUCGAAGACGGUCACCAGACGGAAAGAUUUUAUUUCCGAGUUGGUCCUGGGCGGCUUGGCAAGGGCAUGUCUCAUAUCGAGGCAGAGGCUUCCACAACGCCGUGUGCUAUGCCCCAGUUAGUAUGAUAAUGUGGCUGAAGUCAGCUACAGUUGACGAAUUCAUGGAGACGUUUGUGCAAGUGGAGAGAACGCAGGAGGAAAUCGACGAGAGGAGACGCCAAGCUGAGAGUUCGCGCCUUUUGUUGCACAAGACUGAUCUUUGGUCGCUUUUACAUAUUGACUGCUACGAGCAUGGGUGGGCUGUUGAGCACAACGAGGACCGAAAUGAGCAUCUCUUUGUUCAUGAGGCGUAUCCGGGCAUGAAAUUUGAGUUUCCGAUUAAUCUUCCUGCCGAGCCUGUCGUGGAGUUGCCGUUUGAAGAUACUCUGUACUUUCGUGCAAAAGCGGUUUCGGUUCGACUAUGUGAGAAGCCAUCUGAGUCGUAUUUGGCAUCGCCUAUAGAGGACAACUUCAUCCAGAUGGGAGUCAACGAUGAAGAUAGGUCAGCUAAUAACCGUCGACCGUGGCAGCGUAUCCUCUACCAUCAAGGCUAUCGCGCUGGAAGUCUGAGUUUGAACGUCUCGCUUGAACAGCUCAAUAUUCCCUCGACAACCGAAGAGGCCCAGAGUUCACCAGUGAAGUACAUCCUCGUGGCCAUAUCUCGCGACAGUCUCUCAUACGUUGCACCUCCACCCAUUGGAUGGGAGAUGUACUGGGAUGGUGAUCCGAUGAGAAUGCAGUAUGAAAUUCUUCAAGAAGAGUGGCUGCAGAGAAGGCGCUUGCCUGGUGCACCUGAUGAGAGCGUGAAGCCAAGUACCGAGAAGGUCAAUGAUACUGGUGAUCCGCGAUGGGAUUUGGGUCGAUUCGGAAGUACUAGUGUAUUGGAUGUUUGUAAUGUGCUGUUGCUUAGAGAAACGAGGGAUGGGAUAUCGGAGAGGGUCGGUGUUGGAAAGAUCAAUUACUCGGCGUUCUUCGCAGCGAAGCCUGAGCCUGAUGUGUUCUAUUUGAGAUGA